AUGGAAUUCCCAAGAGAAGGUCUUUCAGACAAUAGACCACCAGCCCUACUUGGCACAAACUUCUCCUAUUGGAAGGCUCGAAUGCAGAUAUACAUCUUAGCACAAGGUGAAGGUGUCUGGAAUGCGAUAGAAAAUGAAUGGAAAACUCCAGUCGAUGACAAAGGUAAUCCAAAACCUAGAAUUGACUGGAGUGAAGAAGAGAAAACUGAAUAUGACUUCAACUCAAAAGCUAUGAAUGCCAUAUAUGGAGCAGUAAGCGAAGACACAUUCAAACUAAUUGCCUCUACCCGCAUAGCCAAAACCGCGUGGGGUAUAUUGUGCAAUCAUCAUGAAGGAAACACAUCAGUAAGACAAUCUAAACUACAGAUGAUACAAACGGAAUUUGAAAAUCUAAAGAUGCAAGAAGAAGAAAAUAUCACCCAAUUUAGUGACAGGGUUUUGAGUAUCUCCGGAGAUGCAUUUAACCUAGGCGAACCUAUACCCGAACAUAGGAUCGUCAAAAAGGUACUACGCUCACUGCCUGGAAGAUUCCUAAUAAAGGUCACUGCCAUUCAAGAGAACAGGGAUUUGAAUACGUACAAGCUUAGCGAUCUAAUAGGAAAUCUUCAAACCUAUGAGCUUGAAAUGCUGCAAAAUCAGAAAAACAAUGGCAAAGGAAUAGCACUACAAUCCAAACAAGAAGAGAACUCAGAAACUGAUUCAGAAACUAUGGAACAGUCAAUUGCACUAUUGACAAAGAAUUUUAAUCGAGUCCUUAAAAAAUUCAACAAGUUUAGGAAUAAAAAUUCCUCAAACAACCAAGGAAAUUCCAUAGCCAAUCAAAAACCAUCAAAUCCAAAACGAAGAGACAAUACAAUUACGGAAGGAAUACAAUGCUAUGAAUGCAAAGGGUAUGGACACAUUCAAUCAGAAUGUGCCACAUAUUUGAAAAGAAAGAACAAAACAUAUAUAACAACCCUGAGCGAUGACUCAGAUAGUGAAGAUGAUGACACCAACACAAAUUUUGUGGCGUUCACUGCCAGCCAUAAAAGCAACACUAACGAUGACAUGCAAGAAUUACUAGAGGCAUACACUCAAUUAAAUGCCAAGUGGGAUAGAUUAUCAAGGCAUAUGACUGGAAAUCCAGAAAAUUUAGAGAACAUACAAUAUAAAAAUGAAGGAUAUGUUACCUUUGGAGAUGGAGGAAAAGGAAAAAUCGUUGCAAAUGGAACCCUAAAUGUACAAGGACUGCCAAAAUUGACAAAAGUCUUCUUAGUACAAGGGUUAAAAGCAAACUUGAUCAGUAUAAGUCAGCUAUGUGAAGAUGAACUUAAAGUGGAAUUCAAGACUCCAGGCACAAACAUGAGUGAGAAUCAUCAAACUGAGACACAGGAAGUGCACAACAACACUUCCGACAUCGAAGAAGAAUAA